AUGGUGAUUGAAAGUAUGGUUAAAAUCGAACCCACCAUGAUGAACGGUCAGACGAUGUUCGGCGUGGCGCGGGCACCACUGAAGUCGAGCUUCUCGAUUAACUCGAUCCUGCCGGAAACGAUGAAGUCCUCGCCGUCGCCCACCCCCUCGCCCACACUGCAGUCCUGCCCGUCGCCGAUCGGCUCGGAGGAGCAGGAUCACGAUCUCACCGACACCGAGAGCGACCUGGACGUGACCGGCACGCCCCCACCGAUGGACUGCAGCAGCAAGGACAAAUCGGACGAGACGGAGGGCGACGGGGCGAGCGGCACCGGCAGCCCGUCCUCCAGCCCCGCCAAGGAUGGCGAGAAGAAGGGCAACGAGAAGCCACCGUACAGUUACAACGCGCUCAUCAUGAUGGCGAUCCGCCAGAGCGCGGAGAAGCGCCUCACGCUGAACGGCAUCUACGAGUACAUCAUGCGCAACUUCCCGUACUACCGGGACAACAAGCAGGGCUGGCAGAACUCGAUCCGCCACAACCUCAGCCUCAACAAGUGCUUCGUGAAGGUGCCGCGCCACUACGACGACCCCGGCAAGGGCAACUACUGGAUGCUGGACCCGUCGGCCGAGGACGUCUUCAUCGGGGGCUCGACGGGCAAGCUGCGCCGCCGCUCGACCGCCGCCUCCCGCAGCCGCCUGGCCGCCUUCAAGCGCUCCCUCGUCGGGCCGAUGUUCCCCACGCUCGGCUAUCCUCAGUUCGGCCAGUUCCUGUAUCCCUCGCACGCCCAGGCCCAGACGGCGCUGCUGGCCGCCCAGAUGUACCGGUACGGCCCGUACGCACCCAGCAUGGCCCCCAAACCGCCCACGCUGCCCCUUCCGCUGCCCCUCGGCGCCGGCUUCGGCAUGGAUCGACUGCUCGGAGCGGGAGCCGCGGCCGCCGCCGCCGCCCAGAUGCACCCCGGUUCGCCGAUGGGCGCCAGCCCCCAGGCGCAGCAGGCCGAAAUCUACCAAAGACUCCAGUACCACCAGCAUCUCCUCCAGCAUCAUGCCGCCGCCCAGCAGGCCGCCGCUGCCGCCCAAGCCCACCAGCAAGCGGCAGCCGUCGCCCACCAACAUCAGCUCCAGCACCAGCACCAGCAACAACAGCAGCAGCUCUCGCCCACGGCGAGCGACGGUACGCCCCAUCCGGGCUCGCCGCAUCACCCCCACCAACACCCGCAGCACUCCCCGCUCGGCUCCCUCCCGCAAGGAUCGCCCACCGGUCAUCCGCACGGCGGCCCUCCGUCCGGCCCCGGGCCCAUGAUCUUCAAGCCGAUCACGCUCGUCUCGCGCCAAAGCUAG